AUGUUAUCGAGCACGCUGGCAGCGUCCUUCUUCCUCCUGCCCAUCUCAAUAUCAAUAUCUGCGCUCCAAAUCCCUUCAAUAUUCGCACCCUUCUUGGAGCCACAUAGCGAAUCCCUCCUCAUCUCCAACGAAACAUUACAACUCGAUACGCGCGAACUUCUCAAACGAGAUGGCAACUGUCCAGCAAACUACAAUUCCUGCUCGACUCUCUCGGCCGCAUAUGGGGGAGCGUGUUGUACUCCAGGCUCAGUAUGCACAACGGACCAUGCCCGCAACAUAGCAUGCUGUCCCGUCGGAGCAGCAUGUACGGGGACAAUCGCGCGGCCGACAGGAACUACAUCAGCAGAGGUAUCUACAACAGGAGGAGCAAUAAUAGGGGGUAGUACGACAGGGCCAGGACUAACGGCAACACCAACAUCGGGGAGGUCCUCCAGCGCAACAGGACAAUCAACAAUAGCUCCCACCGCAGCCCCCUCCGUCGUCCCGAACUCCUUCUUCCCAUUUCCCUACAUAGCAACAACCUAUCCCAACAGCGUGGCCUGCAACUCCGCCUACGAAGCCUGCCAAAAGAACUUCGCAGCCUGCACCGCCGACCUCCAAGGGGGUGCUGGUUCUGGCUUCGGCGUCACGAUCGUUGCGCCUGAAGGAGGAGUGACCGUUGCCCCUGCUACAAUUCUGAAUGUGGGCCCUGCCUCCGCAACGAGCAUUUGUAACUCUCUAAGCCAGGUGGCGUGUUAUAAUAUCCAGAGCACAAAUUGUGCGCAGUUUGGCACGGGGGGCUCUGGAGGCAGUUUCGUUGUCGAUGCGACGGGGAAGAACGGUGCGGCUAGAGCGAGACAGACGCCUGGGUGUAUGGCGAGGGCGGGCGUGGUUGCUGGUGUGGGGUUGGGUAUUGCGGGGCAGAUUAUAUAUUGA